GGUACAUAGCCAAUUCAAUUUCUUUCUCAUUAUUUUCAAUUCUUCUGGUGCUUUAGGAUCACCGAGACAAAGAGUAAUCAGGAUUUGUGUAAACCAACAAUUCUCUUUCUUCAUCACUGCUCGAAUUCAGUAUGGGAGGCAAACUUCUGCAAUUCUAUAACUUGUCACAGACUUGCCGAAUCAGAUGUCUACCUGUCAAACCCAUUAGCUUCAGGGUACAAAUGUAUAGCCAACUUAGCAAGCAGGGACAGAAAGAAAAUGGUUCAAAAAAGAAACCAGACCACCACCGAGAUGGCCGUCCAGCGGAGAGAGCAGCUUCGACGGCUGAAGAGUUCAGACGAGUGGCGGAAGAAAAAGCUCGCCAGGGAACAACUAGUCAGACCGUAGAAAAGGAAGCUGAUGCGUUUCAAGAAACCAUGGCUGGUGACACCAGUUUUGAAACUGUGAAAGAAAGUUUCAAGAAGCCUCCUGGUAGGGGAAACAUCCACAAGACGGGUGAUGAGAGUGAUCCCGUGGAGAAAUAAUCAAGUCUUUGCAAUUUUCCAAGGCUUUUGUAUACAUGAAAAAGAAGUCAAGUGAUCAGUCAGAACCCUUUUUGUGUUAUGCUUAGACGUUUGAUUCUGGGAUUUUGUUCUUAAUUAAUGUAGUAUUUAAAGUGCUAUAUGAUCCAGUCUUUGAUUGCAUGGAUGUUUGGUUUGUUCUUGUUCUGAAACACUAGGUGAAAUGGCUUUUUGUAUGUAAUAUUUGCGAGAUAAACUGCAGAUCUUUUCGUACACAGUGCUGAAAGAAAUAAUUGCUUUUAUCUUAUUUUC